AUGGGUAAGUCAACAACCAAAUCAAUUGAUGGAAGAGAACCUGGGUCAUUUGAAGUUGAUGAGGAGGAAGUAGUGAUGAUUGGGUUUGAGGCUGGGGAUGGGAUGGUGGUCGAUGAUGUUAAUAGGAAUAAGCAUGAUGGGUGCUACAAUACUCUUUGCACAGGUUUUGUGCAAGUUGAUAGAUCACUGACUCCAAGUGCUCGUAUAACUCCACUUUCUACAAUUGGUGGAGCUCAAUAUGUGAUCAAAGUCAAUGUUUAUCAGGAUCCCUCGAGCGGGAACUGGUGGUUGAUAAUCCAAAAAAAUGGUGUAUUUGUUGGUUAUUGGCCAAAGAACUUAUUUACUUAUUUAGCUGAUGGUGCUAAUAGUAUUUGUUGGGGAGGGGUUGCACAGAUUGUGAAUAAGAACUAUGGUCUUGAUUUUCUAUUAAACAAAAUAGAUAUAACUCCUUAUGUGGAGGGAAAGAACUGCUAUGACAUACUUUAUCAUAAAUAUGUAGCUGAACGAGGAGCAAGUUUAACAUUUGGAGGACCUGGUGGCAUCAACUGUGGCUAG